AUGGCACUUGGCUGGUACCUGAGGAGUUUCACUGCUGCGUAUCCGACACAACCCUCGAUUCCUUUUAAAUGGCCGACUUCGGAAAUUCCAAGUCCAGAAAGAAAAGGAUUUAAUAGUCAAGCCAAGAGAUUUUAUUAUAAAAAGGAUGAUAUCCCAGGUCCUGGGUUCUACAACGUCAUUCACCAAUCUCCAGUGUUCAACAGUGUGUCCUUGUCUAAGAAAGGAACGUGCACUUUUCCGUCUAUGUGUACCCGACUGGACACCAUCAUUUCUAAAUAUCCUGCAGCUAAUGCAUACUCAAUCCCAUCAUAUAUUCUUUCAAAGAAGGACUUCAGUAACUCUGGUUCCAGCAUGUUCCAGUUGCCAAGCUUUGCCAAAGUUCUCAAAUUGGAAACUCCAGCACCAAACCAUUACAAUGCCUCUAUCUCCUCCUGCAAGCAGAGAAACAACGUUUGUGCCCGAGCCGGGUUCAUGUCAAAGACCCAAAGAGGAGUUUUCACGAUUAAUGAAACAGGACCUGCUCCAGGACAUUAUAAUGUCAACGAAUCCCUUGUGAAGGAGUCGCCCAAGAUAUUAAUAUCUUCUUUUAAAUCAAAAACUGACCGUGGAUUCAAACCGAUGUCAACAGGCCCAGGGCCCGGUUCUUACAACCCAAAUGACUACACCAAAGUGCUGAAAAAGACUCUUUUCCCGAAAAACCCUAUCCUGAACUUCUCAGCCCAGCCUUUGCCUCUCCCGCCCAAGCCACCGUUCCCAGGCCCUGGUCAGUAUGACAUCGUGGAUUAUGAAGGACCCCCCAAACAUUUCAUCUCAAGUGCAUCAUUUGUGUCCAACACCGGACGGUGGACUGUGGAUCCGUCCCAGCCAGGACUACCCGGUCCAGCCACGUACAAGCCGGAAUUCCCAGGCAAGCAAUCGUUUCUCUACAAUGAGGACAACAAAUGGAUCCCAGUACUGUAG